AUGGUUGCUCUUCUUGCCAACUCUGCCCGUGUCGCUCUCCGCCGCUCCGGAGCUUCGGCCUGCAGCAAGGCCGGUUAUGCGGGCUUGACCUCUACCCGCGGCAAGGCUACCCUGCCCGACCUGGCUUACGACUACGGUGCCCUUGAGCCUUCCAUCAGCGGCAAGAUCAUGGAGCUGCACCACAAGAACCACCACAACACCUACGUCAACAGCUACAACACAGCUGUUGAACAGCUCCAGGAGGCCCAACACAAGGGCGACAUCGCCGCGCAGAUCGUUUUGAAGCCGGCCAUCAACUUCCACGGCGGGGGUCACCUCAACCACAGCCUGUUCUGGGAGAACCUGGCUCCCAAGAGCGCCGGUGGUGGUGAACUUUCCACCGGUGCGCUGUCGAAGGCCAUUGACAGCACCUACGGCAACUUCGGCGAAUUCCAGGCGAAGAUGAACGCCGCCCUGGCGGGUAUCCAGGGAAGUGGAUGGGCGUGGCUGGUCAAGGACAAGCAGACCGGUCAGAUUGGGAUUCGCACCUACGCGAACCAGGACCCCGUCGUGGGUCAGUACCAGCCCCUGCUGGGAAUUGACGCAUGGGAGCAUGCGUACUACCUCCAGUACCAGAACCGGAAGGCUGAGUACUUCUCCGCCAUCUGGGAUGUGAUUAACUGGAAGGUCGUUGAGAAGCGCUUUGCUUAA